AUGGCGACUCUAGGCCAUAUCGCGAGAGAAUCAUCCGACAUCAAACGCCUCGCCCAGUUUUACAAAGAGAUAUUUGGGUUUGAGGAGAUUGAAACCCCUGAUUUUGGAGACUUAAAAGUGAUAUGGAUUAACUUACCAGGUGCUUUUGCAAUGCACAUCAUCCAGAGAAACACUUCAACAAACCUCCCUGAAGGUCCUUUCAGUGCCACCUCUGCCGUUCGAGAUCCUAGCCAUCUCCCUAUGGGUCACCACAUCUGCUUCACUGUCUCCAACUUCGACUCUUUCCUUGGCUCUCUCAAGGAGAAAGGGAUAGAAACUUUCCAGAAGUCUCUUCCUGAUGGAAAAGUCAAGCAAGUUUUCUUCUUUGAUCCUGAUGGUAACGGAUUAGAGGUAGCUAGUCGACCUGUGUCUUGA